GCGAUAUGGGCAUUUUGAAUGGUUGGUUAUGGCAUUUGGCCUUACGAAUGCCCCGACCACUUUCCAAGCGGCUAUGACAGCGGAGUUCCGGCACAUGCUGGAUCGAUACGUACUUAUCUACCUCCACGACAUCCUGGUGUACAGUCGGAGUUUGGAGGAGCAUGUGGAACACCUGCGCACCGUUUUGGAGCGGCUACGACAAGCCAAGUACAAAGCCAACCAUGACAAGUGCGAAUUCGCGCGACAGGAGCUGGAGUACUUGGGACAUUAUGUGACGCCGCAAGGCAUCCGUCCGCUUGCGGACAAGAUCGAAGCCCUACGAGUAUGGCCCGAGCCCACCAACACCACGGACUUUCGUUCAUUCAUGGGAUUGGCGGGCUACUAUCAGCGAUUCAUCACCGGAUAUUCCAGGAUUGUUGCACCUAUGAUGUGGUUACAGUCGCCAAAGGUGCCAUUCAUAUUCGAUGACGACGCACGUCGGUCAUUCCAAGCACUUAAGACGGCCAUGCUCAUGGCACCCGUCCUUAGCAUCUAUAACCCCACCCUGCCGACGAGAGUGACUACGGACGCUUCCGGCUAUGGCAUUGGGGCAGUCUUGGAACAGCACGACAGCGACGACUCGCACCCUGUGGAGUAUUUCAGCCACAAAGUGCCUCUUCCGGUGCCUCCCAUCAACUCGCUUGAUGAUGCAAGGAAGAAGGAGCUGCUCGCAUUCGUCAUGACUCUCAAGCGAUGGCGGCACUUCCUCUUCGGGCGUAGGUUCACAUGGGUUACGGACAACAAUCCAUUGACCUACUACAAGACGCAGGAAGACAUAGUCAGCGACUGCGACACUCGCUUCAUGUCGGCAUUUUGGACUGCUCUCAUGCAGGAGUCCGACACGAAGAUGAAGCCAAGUUCGGCUCGGCAUCCACAGACAGACGGGCAGAUGGAGCGGGCACAUCAAACCGCUCAAAUGAUGCUUCGUACGCUCAUCUGUCCAGACCAGAAAGAUUGGGUUGACCGCCUCCCCGACAUCGAGUUUGCCUACAACACUUCGGUGCACCCAGCGAUCGACGUGACUCCAUUCGAGUUGCACCACGGUGGACGGAAAGGCCGUAUCUUCGCCGACCUUCUCCUCCCUCGACCAGCCGACAUUGAUGCCGCUUGCUCUCCCGCUUCGGUCCGGAAGUACAGGGAAUUGCUGACUCAAGCCCGCGUGAACAUGCAAAAGGCUCAAGUCCGCAUGCAGAAGCAAGCCAACAGGCGUCACGUGCCAUGUCCCAUCCGCGUCGGUGAUCUGGUUUGGGUCUCCGCGGAAGGGUUUGCACUGAAACAGGAUGUUUCACGCAAACUGCUUCCCAAGUGGUUUGAACCUUGGUCUGGGACAGCAGCCGCGAGCGAUGAGCCCGAUGGCCCUUCAUUUGUGAUCAACAUUUCCGAGCAUCUGACGGUUCAUCCAGUCUUUCACGCUUCGAAGCUGGCAACAUAUACACCAGCUAAGAGCGACGACUUCCCGGGUCGACGAUCGCAGGACCCUCCUUCUAUGGAUGGUCAUCAGGAAGUUGACCGCGUCAUCACGGAUCGCAAGUACGGCAGCAAGCCGCGCCAGUACAAAGUUACAUUCAGAGCAUGCGAUCCCGACGACACUCGGUGGAUUUCAGGAGCAGAUUUGAAAGCAUCCGCACCGCUGAUCUACGCUCACUACGAGUGACAAAGGUUAGCUAAGGGACCUCCACAACCUGCCCCUCCAACCCGGACUGUGGUCCCUCCCUCAGACAGACAGCUUCGCCCUCGCAGGUAAGCUCGGUCUUUGAAGGAGAGGGGGGGGUGGCAUACUGCGUAGCCACACGGGCCCUGCAGGGCCCGUCCCGCACUUUCAGCCUAAAAGCCUAAAACUUAGGGCUUACAGGCCCCGAUCGUUUCUGCCCGAAAGCUGAAAAACAAGGGCCUGCAUACCCUAUUCCGUUUCCAAACUAUUUCUGGGCCUUUCAGGCCCAGAGGCUUUCCAGCCUGAAACGGAGGGCCAUUUUCAGGCCCUCAUUUGUUUCGACCUGCCCUAAGACUCAGGCACGAAAACUGGGUUUCGGAACAGGCUAUUUCUAGCCUGUUCCCCACGCCAGCUCGAGCAGGAGCUGCAGCUGCAGCCCCUGCCUUCCUUCGGCAUUGGCAAGAGCAGCCUCCUGGGCUGCUGGCC